CGGGGAACAAAAAAUCCUAUUCAUAGGAAGAGGCAGCUAACCAAUAUAACCAUUUUCCUGUCAAAGAUAAAGCCCUAGAGAGAACGAGAAAAACCAUUCGUUCUUUACAUAUUUUUCCCUUUGGGUUCUUCUCUUUCCUCUUCUUUAAACAGAAAUCGAUCAUGGCUCCCAAGUUUCUCUUCCCAUUGCUCCUCUUGUUCUCUUCAUGGGCAACUCGAAUUUCUUCGGAAGGCCUGGCCAAUUUGGUAAAUGGAGUGACCGGCGCGUACUCGACGUCAUUGUGCAUGCAGAAGCUGAUCCCGUGCCAAGCGUAUCUCACAGGGUCAUCGGCACCGCCGGAUUCUUGCUGCGGUCCAUUGAAGGAGUUGGUGACCGGCGAAUCGCAGUGCCUGUGCCAAGUCUUCAACAACCCUGAUGCGCUGACGAGCUUGGGCAUCACCCAAGCUGGGGCUCUGGCUCUCGCCAAGACUUGCGGCGCGGACGCUGACAUUUCGGUUUGCAAUAAGGGAGCAGCGACUUCUCCGACUAGUUCACCGGCAACCCCUGCUGAUUCACAAUCAACUCCUGCCGAUAUCUCUACCUUAAGCAAUGCUACUUUGACGGCUGCAGCAAGUCUGAUCCCAGAGACGAGCAGGGCGACAUCUCGUCUUGCAGGAUCUGGAGUUGUCACUCUGUGUUCCGCUAUGAUCAUAUCAAAACUCUGGUAGUUUCAAACUGAAUCUGUCCACGAAGAGCUGUAUCACUUGGCUUUUUUAUCCUUUCUUGCCUUUUCUUUUUCUUUGCAAACAAGGACCGGUUGGUCGCUUGAGCGCCUCUACUCAAUAACACUAAGGCAGAAUGGUUA